UGAAAAUGGCAACAAAGGUAACAGUGAAAAUGGCAACAACGAUGGCGGCGGGAGAAGAACGUGCUGCUUCUGAAGUUUUGAGAGCGCUAGCUCGACAUCUAAACUGUCUCAACGAAGACAGCAAAACCACAAGAAAAAGAGCGCUUGAAGCAAUCAAAAGAGAAACUAUUGAUAAAGGGCUUUCGAGCGGCGUGUUGCAGGAUGUUUUCACGUGUCUGCUAAAGUCGCUGCUGAAAUGCCUGUCAGAUCCUAUGGAAAGAUGCAGAGAGACUGCCAUACACAUGCUUGGAGAUUUUAUUCGGUGUGUUCCUCAACCGGAGGAUUCGUUGCCUUAUCUCAUGCCCGCUUUGACGCAGCGGCUCGGCGGGAAAGAGAUCCUGGAGCCCGCGGAGGAACUUCGGCUGUCCAUGGUGGAGGUGCUGACUCUCACAGUGGAGGUGUGUGGUAGGCACCUAGCUCCCUACCUCGACGAUAUGAUGAAGAUAUUGCAGAGAACUAUUGUCGACCCUUUCCCAGACGUCAAAAGGGAGAGCUGCAAAUGCACUGUUCAUUUUGCAAAAAGUGUACCAGGUAAGCUGGUUGAGAAUGUACUGGGUGUAGUCUUGUUAGCCCACAAGUUAGGCUAACUAGUUAGCUAGCUAGCUGUGUUAGCUAAAGUUUAUUGCAUGGACACCUGACCAAGCUGUGUCAGAGAAUGGUUAUUUUUGUGGCUCUAAGUUAUUUUGUACAGUCCAAAGCUCUACCAGGCUGUCAUGGAAUAUACAUAUUAAUUAUUAAUUAAGUUAAUGGAAAUAUAGACAAUAGGACAAUAACAAAAUAAUUUGUUUCUCUGUGAUUUGCAUGCUCUACAGAGCUAGCUAUGUAUGGUCUCUCUGAAUACAUGUAUAACAAUUGAAUGUAUUGAGGAUAAGGUUUAGGAAAUCGUACCCUAACUUAUACUGUGGCAUGAAGUGACAGUCACCUUACAUUAAUCUUGUUUGAAAUGCUUCUCUAUCCCCAGAACAUUUCCACAUGCAGGCAGAGAGCCUGGUCAAGCCCCUGAUGCAGACCAUCUCCCAUCAGCAUUCCCGUGUGCGUGUGUCCACCAUCGAGGCCACUGGAGCGGUCAUCCAGUACGGCACGGGGAAGAACGUGGAUGAUGUGCUCUCUCACCUGGCACAGAGGCUGUUUGACGACUCACCACAGGUUGGUUCUGUCAAAUCUGGCAGAUAAAGAUCAAAUACUCCUAGUGACAGUGUUAAUGAUUAGAUUAUUAGACAAAUUAUGUCAAAUCUGGCAGAUGAAGCUCAACUACUCCUAGUGACAGUGUUAAUUAUUAGAUUAUUAGACUAAUUCUGUCAAAUCUGGCAGAUACAGCACAAAUACUCAGUGACCGUUAGUGUUAAUGAUUAGAUUAUUAGACUAAUUCUGUUAUUACUGUGUUCAUCUAGAUUAUUAUUUUCCUUGUUGGAUAAAUGUCUUUUGGAAAAAAAAAAAAAAAAAAACUGGUCAAUCAAUCUAAUCAAUCAAUCCAACAUAUUAAUAAAGGCUGCUUUUCUUUUACACCAACAGUUACUACAGUGGUUCCCAAACUGUCGGGGGAAAAGUCAAAAGUUUGGACACAUCUACUCAUUCAAGGGUUUUUCUUUAUUUUUACUAUUUUUUACAUAGCAGAAUAAUAGUGAAGACAUCAAAACUAUGAAAUAAAACAAAUGGAAUCAUGUAGUAACCAAAAAAGUGUUAAACAAAUCCAAAUAGAUUCUUCAAAUAGCCACCCUUUGCCUUGAUGACAGCUUUGCACACUCUUGGCAUUCUCUCAACCAGCUUCACCUGGAAUGCUUUUCCAACAGUCUUGAAGGAGUUCCCACAUAUGCUGAGCACUUGUUGGCUGCUUUUCCUUCACUCUGCCGUCCGACUCAUCCCAAACCAUCUCAAUUGGGUUGAGGUCGGGGGAUUGUGGAGGCCAGGUCAUCUGAUGCAGCACUCCAUCACUCUCCUUCUUGGUAAAAUAGCCCUUACACAGCCUGGAGAUGUGUUGGGUCAUUGUCCUGUUGAAAAACAAAUGAUAGUCCAACUAAGUCCAAACCAGAUGGAAUGGCGUAUCGCUGCAGAAUGCUGUGGUAGCCAUGCUGGUUAAGUGCAUUGACAGUGUCACCAGCAAAGCACCCCCACACCAUAACACCUCCUCCUCCAUGCUUUACGGUGGGAAUUACACAUGCUGAGAUCAUCCGUUCACCCACACAGCGUCUCACAAAGACAUGGCGGUUGGAACCAAAAAUCUCAAAUUUGGACUCCAGACCAAAGGACACAUUUCCACCAGUCUAAUGUCCAUUGCUCAUGUUUCUUGGCCCAAGCAGGUCUCUUCUUCUUAUUGGUGUCCUUUAGUAGUGGUUUCUUUGCAGCAAUUCGACCAUGAAGGCCUGAUUCACACAGUCCCCUCUGAACAGUUGAUGUUGAGAUGUGUCUGUUACUUGAACUCUGUGAAGCAUUUAUUUGGGCUGCAAUUUCUGAGGCUGGUAACUCUAAUGAACGUAUCCUCUGCAGCAGAGGUAACUCUGGGUCUUCCAUUCCUGUGGAGGUCCUCAUGAGAGCCAGUUUCAUCAUAGCGCUUGAUGGUUUUUGUGACUGCACUUGAAGAAACUUUCAAAUUUCUUGAAAUGUUCCGUAUUGACUGACCUUCAUGUCUUAAAGUAAUGAUGGACUGUCGUUUCUCUUUGCUUAUUUGAGCUGUUCUUGCCAUAAUAUGGACUUGGUCUUUUACCAAAUAGGGCUAUCUUCUGUAUACCACCCCUACCUUGUCACAACACAACUGAUUGGCUCAAACGCGUUAAAGGAAAGAAAUUCCACAAAUUAACUUUUAACAAGGCACACCUGUUAAUUGAAAUGCAUUCCAGUUGACUACCUCAUGAAGCUGGUUGAGAGAAUGCCAAGAGUGUGCAAAGCUGUCAUCAAGGCAAAGGGUGGCUAUUUGAAGAAUCUCAAAUAUAAAAUAUAUUUUGAUUUGUUUAACACUUUUUUGGUUACUACAUGAUUCCGUAUGUUUUAUUUCAUAGUUUUGAUGUCUUCACUAUUAUUCUAAAAAGUAGAAAAAUAGUCCAAAUAUAGAAAACCCUUGAAUGAGUAGGUGUGUCCAAACUUUUGACUGGUACUGUAUAUAUAUUUCUUUUUUAAAGGAACUUAGUCCGGCUUUAAACUUACUCUUGAAAGUUGUUAUAGUAGAAUGCAGAAGGUGCCAUUUUGAAAUUGGAUAGUGCAUCAUCAGUUCCUCUUGUUAGUCAUUGCAUACCUUAGAGAGCUAUUUAUAACUUGUCAGAAAUGUCCAGAUCAACUAGCCCAUGUCAGCUAAUGUUUUUUAUUUAGGUUUUUUAGCCCAUAGAUAUUGUUGUUACUUUUUAGUCACUCAAAUAUCACAUGAAUAAACAUUAGACAUGACAAAAUGUAUAGAAUUGUAGGAAAUAAGCUUUAAACCUGCAAUAUUCUCUCCACCAACGAAUGUUGUGAACAGUUUGUGUCAUGAACAGCACAUAGAAAUAGACGUGGCAUGUGCGCACGCGCAGGGGGGCGCGGGAUGUUCCCCAAUGCUGGAACGGUGGCACCGAGUGAAAAACUUUGAGAACCCCUUAGUUACUACAGUACCAUACAAGGUGUUUUCCUCACUUAAAAAACUAUGUUUUGUCUCACCCCACCUCUCUCCUCCAGGUGAGAAAAGCUGUGACUGUGGUUGUUGGUGACUGGCUGCUCCACCUGCGAGACAGAUACUCCUACUUCCACAAGCUCAUCCCCCUCCUACUGAGCAGCCUCAGCGAUGACAUCCCAGAGAUUAGGUACUUAUUGUACAGGGCUGGGCUCAAUUCGAAUUGAAGGCAGUCAAUUCAGGAAGUGAUUUUAAUUUAAAAUUAGUUUUAAACUUUUGAAAUAAAUAGCUUCUACUCCUUGAAAAUAGAUGCAGUUUUUUCCAAUUUUGAAUUGUUAUUUGAGUUUACUUCCUGGAUUGACUGCCUUCAAUUCAAAUGACCCCAGCCCUGCUAUUGUAUGACUGACCCAGUCCUUAACCACUCUGCCUUUGAUACCACCCACCCAUUCACUCACUCUGUCAGACCUAGGAAAUAUGCAGCCUAAGAUACACACGUAUGUAUCAGGUUUGCUUGUGCAGAUUACUGUAGAUACCUACUUAUACAGUAGGUUUGGUGUGAAAGAGGGAAUAGCAGGAGCCCACAAGGCUCAUCACUGACUGUGUUGGCUAGCUUGGGCUUUUGUGUUGUUUGUACAUUGCGUCGUUGUGGCGUGGGUUCGAAUCCUGGGUCUGCCGUCGCAGGGAUGGACGUGCAUUAUCAUUAUAUUUGUCUUCUCUCCCCUUCAGUCAACUAGCUGCUGACCUGUGGAGACAGACAGGCACUCGAUGGGAGCAGGAGAAUGAGGAUGACCUGAAGGACAAGAUGGACUUCCUCCUGACCCCACCUGACCUCUACCCUGCUGGAGGUGAGUGAACUCCAUCACUACUACUUCUACUGCAGAGAGAUUAAACAAUGUUCCAUUGCGCCACUCAACUGACUUACAAAGUGUAUACAGGAUCUUUUGGUGGUGCAAAAAAAAGUAUUUACAGGGUUAGGUUUCUCACACAAAGAAGGCUAGACAAGAAAAAAUAUUUUAAAAAAUCACUAAAGAAAUGUAUUGGGUUUUGUCUCCUUCAGUGAAUGUAGCCCAUUGAGAAAAGGUUAGUUAGUUACCGUCCCAUGCAGUGUGUUGUCUUGAUUAUAAUAAUGAAGAAGAAAGUUCAUCAGUGCAUUGAUACAGACUGAAGAACAUCAGCCAAUGUAAACCGUGUGAUUUGUUGUUGUGGCCUUCUCUGUAAAGCCACCACCCUUUCUCCUCCACCGAUCUAGUUAUGUCCUCCUUCCUCUGAAAGUAGGUCAGACGCAGCGUGGGGUCAGCUGCCUUUAUUAAUAAUAAAUAACUGUCUACUGAGGGCAUGAUGUAUCUAUCGAUGAUUGACGUCAGAGCAGUCUGGGCACGGAGAGGGAGAGAGGGCUGUAGGGGCUGGGGAGGGAUGCUGUGCUGUCACUGAUCCAUCUAGCCUAUCUAUCUAUCCAUCUCCAAUAUGCUUCAUUACUUCAGUUCUACUUCUGCUUGCUGUAGUAUAGCAGGGUUCUCACAUUCCUCUCUCUGUGUCCUGGUUGGAAUAGCCUGGAAUACAAACUGAUACCAUGGUGAAACGGAGCAUGUCAGUUUGAAUUCCAAGCAUUAGUAACUCAUCAUCGGCAGCUCUGUGCGUGGGAUAAUUUGCUCUUGUCUUGCAUUAUUUAAUUGUUAUAUAUAUAUUUUUAUACAUGACUCGUUAAAUAUUCAGUUAUUCACAUCAUGCGGUCUUAAUUAUAUUUUAAUCAAGGGAAAGAAGGGAACAGGAUUUUUAAUGAGCUUUGUUGGGAACUAGGUUUAAAGGGAUUUUUUACUCUAUAUAACAUUAGAUUUCUGUGAUAAGAAGUACUGCCUUCUUAUGUCUGUCUUUGAGCAGACAACUUUUAUACAAGUUCUUGAAUUAUUCCUUUAGAUUUGGCCCCCAAAAAUAAAAUAAAAUAAAAACACUGAUGAGCUCCAGCCAUAAACCAACUAUGCUAGCCCUAUUCCCCAAGAGUGCACAGUCACGGUGGAGUUCCAAGCCUCCAUAUAUUACUCAUCUCUAUUGGCCUGCGGGUUAUGUAUUCUACAGGUUAUGUAUUCUACAGGUUAUGUAUUCUACAGGUUAUGUAUUAUGUCAUUCGAUCCGCUCCGUCAAUCAUACAAGGCACAGUGCUUGACUAACAGCCAAUUAUUGUCGACACUCUGCCCCCUAACACCCUCAUUACUAAGACUAAUGUGUGGAUGUGGUUGUGGUGUGCAGGCUGGGUGGAGACUAGAGGGGUUUUCUGCAGGGCUGGUGCCCACCUCCCCCUACUCCCCUUUUACACACACACACACUAAUGCACACACACACACACACACUCUCUCACUCUCUUUCUCGCACACACACACUCACGACUACCCCACUGACUCACCACCCCACCCCUGUGUGAGAAGCUGGAAGGGGAGGCCAUUGGAGGGACGACACCCAGCCUGUGUUGCCUCCCCAAGCACUUAUUACCACCUAUUAAUAACGUCUGUCAGCACUGUAGUGAAGAAUGAGGAAGCCCUUCAUCUCUUCAUAUCGCCGCUGGGUUCAGGAAGGAGAGGUGAAGUCCUGUCUGUCUGUCCUGUCUGUGACUUUCCAUCCCACUCAGCAGGUGAAGACAGACAGCAGGCCUUUUUCUAGAGCAGCAACCCUGCCGUUUUCCUCCUGGCCUGAUUUCUGUUUAUUUUACAUAGGCUACACUGGGAAGGCAGUUUGUUUCUAUGACGGUCACACGCACCCACCACAUUAGCCUGGUCCCAGAUCAGUUUAUGUUAAGAUGUGACAAUGAGUAUGUUUACAUGAACACGAAUAAUUCGAUAUUAAACUGAUUAUGGCAGUAGGCCGAGUAUGGCAUUAGUGAUGUAAAUUGUAAACACCUUACUCUACUUAUCUUAAUCGGCGCAAGGUCAACAUCGAAGUAAGCAUACGCCGAUUAAAACACCUGGUUUUCUGAGCAAUCUUUAGAAUUAUGAGGACAUGUAAAUGCCUUAAUCAGAGUUACAGUGGUGUAUUAGAUUUGCACAUGUGCUAGUACGAGCAGCGCAAGCUUCUAUCUUUUGCGCUAGUGAAGUGAGUUCGGAAAAACGGAAAAUAUGCAUCUUAGAAAUAGUUUUCCCAUACAAACGUUAUAUGUCCGAAUUCGACAAUCAAAUAGGCAUCACAAAAAUAACGUGUGGUAGAACCUUUAUUUUGAUUGGCGAUUUUCUGCAUUUAUCAAAGUCCCAUCAGGUAGCCUGAUUUCAGAUGUGUCCGUGUAAACAGGAUUAUUAGGGAAAUCGUUCUUCUUGCAAGUCAUGUAAACGUUUAAAUCGAGCUGUUUAUAUUAAUCUGACUAUUCACAAUAAUCAUGUUUUUGUAUGCAUGUAAACAUACUCAAUGACCAUAGGAGUUGGCAAGAUGACACAAACAGAUCUGGGACCAGGCAACAACCUGUGGGUGAAGUGUGUGCACUGCAUAUUAAAUCAGGUCUCUCGCCUCUUAAAAGAUGUUUGAAUUUCAAUGGGAUCGCCUGUAUGCAUGAAGGAUAAAUGAUUCCAAUGCCCAAAUCUCACCUUGUUAAUGUUUUACUAUCCCUAUAUGUCUGUCCAUUGAUUUAAUCCAUAGGAGUUGGGUGAUUGGUACUAAGUUAAUGAUACAAAUUCAAUUAAGGGUGGUGAUUACAAUGAUGAAGGGUUUAUUAAAAGGGAAGUUCUAGUAUGCAGGUGCAGUGGCUUUAAUCCAGUGUUGGACAGGCAGCAGUAAUAAUGACCGUGUAGCUGGCUCAGAUAUAGGAAGGUGCUGCUGCGAUGGCGGGGGUAGAUAACCCAGGCCCGGGGCUGAGGAUGAGUUUGAAUGUGAACAUGUGGUCACCCUGGUUGCUACCCAUAGGUAGGCUAAGUGGAGAGUACCAGGAUGUGUCCUGGGUGGUGUUCAUUAGGGCAUACAACAUUAAACGUUUUGCAACUGAUAAUGGUAAAUUACUGUUUCUUAUUGGACAAGUCCAAAUAGUCCCUUUCUGUUUUAGUCAGUUUUCAUCCGUUUGGUGCCUAAUGAACAUGACCGUCUGGUUGUGUAGUGCAGAUCUGGGUCAGUCUCCAGCUCCACACGGUGAUAAUGCUAAUGGAUACUGGCUCUAGGACAGGAAAAGAGAUGAGUCUCUCUCUCUCCCUGCCAGUCAUAAAUCCAACAUGGCCCCACUCCUGUCUGAAAAGGUCAGUGUCAGACAACUGGGAGACAACCAGAAACAGCUUGUUUUGUCUUGUCCUGUGUGUUUCUGUAGGAUUGAAGCAUCCUACAGAAGGGAGGGAGGGAGGGAAGGACGGUGGGAGAGAGAGAGGGAUGAAGCAUGUGGAGGGCUAUUCAUUUAAAAAUGUGUUCCACUUGCUCUGACAAGUCCCCCGGAGAGGAAAUCUCAAUCGUAAAACCAAAAAGUACAUGUCUGGAAAAUGGGACUUAGACUGUAGAUGCAGUCCAUUAGGACAGCAGAAAACACCCAACAAAUUAUGUUCCCUUCUUGCCUAAUGUGAAGUGUUUUGUUGAAAAUAAAUCUUCUAAAAUGCUCCAUCAGCAUAACUGGGCCGGAGGGCUAUAGAACAGUUGUUCUAUCGCUAUCUCCAUUACACAGUUAGAAAUAGGAUAACACAGUUACAACACAGUUAGCUUAUUAGCACUUGUAGAUAUAUACAGUAGAUGUAGAUGUAUAGGCUGCGUUUACACAGGCAGAACAAUUCUGCUCUUUUGCAAAAUUAUUGGUCUUUUGACCAAUCAUGCAGAUCAGAUCUUUUGGCAAAAGAUCAGAAUUGGGCUGCCUGUGCAAACGCAGCCUUAGAUGUAUAUCUUAAUUGAUCCAUUUGUGUGAUUUGUGUGCUUUUUAGUAGGUUAAUGCAUGUAGGCAUUUUCAUGCACUUUCUAACCUUAAAUUCCCCCACCUCCCCCUCCCUCCCAGUGGAGCGUCCGGGCCUGGGCUGCAGGGAGCUGGUGGUGAGGAACCUGUCCAACCUGCUGCCGGCGCUGGCCCGCGACGUGGUCGACUGGGUGGUGGGCACGCGGGUCAAGACGGUCCAGCUCCUGUAUGCCCUGCUGCUGCAUGCUGAGGACCACUGCACCCAGCACCUGCAGUUGCUGCUCUCCACGCUGUACCGCGCCUGCACCGACCCUGAGAGGGACGUGGUCACCAACGUGAGUGGUCGAGACAUAGAGACACAUGCUAUCACGAUGUGUUCUAUGUAAUCCAAUGGGACGUCCCUACCACAUUGAAAAUGAAAUGUAAAAUGUUUAGGGUAGGGACGUCCCAAGGAUUCUGGAUAGCACUAACCUUUAUUUCAUCCUAGGGGGGGGUGGUCAGGUCAGGAAGUGGAAGUCCUAAUGGUUGGAUGGUAGUGGUAGGUCUAAUGGUUGGAUGGUAGUGGUAGGUCUAAUGGUUGGAUGGUAGUGACUAACCUGGAUGAAUAAAGGUUAAAUCACCAUUAAAUAAAUAAGAUAAUCGUAGAAAUCUGCUCUACAGUACCUGUAUGUUGGCUACUUCAGUUCAUCACUCCACAGAUCUUUGCGAAGCAAGCCGUAGACCGAUGCACCAUCAUUUGGGCGCCAUUUUAACAAACUGCUCAAUGGCCUUCCUUCCUUUAAGUUAUUUCCGUUAUUGUCAUGCCCAUGUGCUAUUUCCAUUGACAUUCUUUCCACCCAGAAACAGAUGUUUCAGAGCUGCUGUGGUGAAUGGCUUGAUCUUGAUGGUCAUGUCAUGAGAGGAGAGGACACACCUGCUGGCCUUAGAAUAGACAGCAGUGAAUAGCAGUAGUGAUGUAUGUGUCUUAUAGCCCUGAGAUAGUUGGGUUGGGCCCAAGGACUUGGGAUGCACCUGCCCCAAGAGGAAGCCUUUGAUGGUUCCUCUGAUCCACUGGCUGAUAAGGGAUUAUGAAUUAUGUACUCUUCUGUGGUCUUCUGUUAUCUUGAAUUCUUUAUUUCGUCCUUUCUUUCAUUCUAUCUUUCUAUCUCAUUCUCUCUUUCUCUCUACAAUCGUUCUCUGCUCUAUGGCUAAUCUUUGCUCUCUCUAUCAAUUCAAGGUACUUUAUUGGCAUGAAAUACACUCUGUAAUAUUGCCAAAUCAUUCUAUAAACUAUAGUAUUCUCGAUCUCUCUCUGCAGUGUCUGAGGUCUGCCAAGCUGCUGGGGACCUUUGUCAGCCCCGAGGUCUUCCUCAAGCUGCUCCUGGUCCACUUGGAGACCCCCUCCUCCUCCCCCCAUACCCCCCUCAUGGUUCUGGCUGCAGUACUGGGGGGCUGCUCCGGGGACCUCCUGAAACCACACCUCCAGAAGAUCGCUGAUACACUGGUCCAACCAGACGUCUGCCAGGAGUACCAGCAGGUGAGUCUAUGGCCCUUGACCUAUGGGUAUGACCUAUGGGUUGGGAAUUGGGGGAAAAGGUAAAUGCCAUAACUACUGGUCCAGUAUCAGAUGUCAUUAUCCACACUAAUUGUUAAUGAUGGGGGUAAUGGUAGGGUGAACUGAUCAUAGAUCUGCGGUUAGGGGUAACUUAUGAUAGUUCACAUCUGGUUGAGAUGUUUCCUCUAUGUUAUCUUAUAUUUGAGUCUCCAGCCAGGUCUGGUGAAGUAUAUAGACCGACAGAUGAAACACUACCCUUUCUGAGGCACUUAGUUUUGACCCUAAAACUGUUUACAGUGAAAUGUUCCAUAAAGUGAAAGAAUAUUAAGAUAAGAUGCAUUUCUUCUAUCAGGACCGUUGUAAAAGCUUUUAUAGGGAUUACUGUGCUGUGAGUUCAGGAGGUUCACCAGUGAGAGUGAGAGACAGAGACACACACACACAGAGAGAGAGAGAGAGAGAGAGAGAGAGAGAGAGAGAGAGAACCCCCCAGUGGGGCCCCAAAUAAUUUCCUCUAGAGGGGAUGAUAAUAAAAUGCUAAUUAUUCCUGACCCCUGCGUGUCUGACUUUUUUAUAGCCACUUUUCAACACUCACUGUGUGCGGAACAGUGCAAAGUAAAGCCCUGAGAUUACAACAUUUCAAAGAGGGUCAGUGUUAUGGUCCUGGUGACAGACAUACAGGAGGGGAAACGGAUCCCCCUCUCUGUCCCCCUCCACCCCACCUCUAGCUGGGGUCAAGCCAGAGCGCGAUGGACACAGAUGGAGACAGACCUUCUGGUCCCUGGUCUGUCUGUCUCAAUAAAGAUCAUUAGAAGUCAGUCUCAGUGGGUACUAAGGGGAAGCAGUACAGUACAGUGCUGUCUGGCUGGCUGGGUAGUUAAAGAUCAGGGUUAGCAGUACAGUGCUGGCUUGGUAGUUAAAGAUCAGGGUUAGCAGUACAGUGCUGGCUUGGUAGUUAAAGAGCAGGGUUAGCAGUACAGUGCUGGCUUGGUAGUUAAAGAUCAGGGUUAGCAGUAUACAGUGCUGGCUUGGUAGUUAAAGAGCAGGGUUAGUGGUACAGUGCUGGCUGGGUAGUUAAAGGGACAUUUCAAAAAUUUUCGACUUCAAAUUCGUCAUCUCCAGCACCACCCCAACAUUAGCAUAUGUGAAAAUGGCGCGUUUCUAUUUUUUGUAGUAAAAAAGAUUGGUAGACAAUUAGUGGCAAUGCUUCCUCACAAUUGGUUAAAAUCACAAGACGCACACCAAUGAUGUCAUUUGUUAUGUUCCUCUAUCAUUUUUACUACAAAGCAUAGAAACAUGCCAUUUUCACAUAUGUUGAUGUUGGGGUGGUGCUGGAGAUGAUGAAUAUUAAGUUGGACAAUUUUGAAAUUCCCCUUUAAAGAGUAGGGUUAGCAGUACAGACCGACACACCUGCAGCAUUCUUUGAAAACAACCAGGCCAGACACACAGAGCAGGGCCAAACCAGAGAGGUCCAGGGCCAGGCAGGCCACCGUUGGGCUGUAAAUAACACAGGAGAGGAGGGAGAGAGGUGGGAGAGGAGCAUCUGUGUUCCUGUAGACACACACACACACACACACACAGGCAGACAUACAGACCCAGUUACACACCCACACACCAAGCACACACACAAACAGAACAGAGCAGACACACAGACAGAAAGACAGACAGACAGACACACCGAGCAGAACAGACAGACAGAAAGAAAGACAGGUAGGCAGACAUACACACAAACACACACCAAGCAUGCAGGUGCACACAGACAGACCGACACAAAGACGGACAGACAGAAAGACAGGUGUACACACACACACACACACUCCCUUCCCAGUCAUCACACAGACAGUCCCACAUACACUGACAUGAACUUCAGAGAGACACAGUCAUCACACAGAUUGUUUGAAGGUUAGCCAGUAGCCACAGUGAUCCUGCUUGUUGGACUAACUGGUUGUUUUUGAUAUGGUUUUAGACAAGCAAGGGGAAAAUGUCAUAUGGGCACAUUGGGCAGCUGUGGUGCUAAGAUAAAGUAAAAAAGAAGACCUAAAUUGCAGACUCAGAUGCUAUGCUUUUCAAAGUAAACUUCAGAAGAUAAAAACAACUUUAGAGAGUUUUGUGCAAGAGAGCGAGAGGUUUGACUUGGACAAAAAUAAUAAUAUAAAUAAUCUUCAAAGUCACAGCGAAAACCACGCUGGUCGGCAGAGAGCGAGAGAGUGGUGGAGCCCGUUGAAGAUGUGGACACUGAUAUAGUGCUUGGGACCGCUUAACUUAUUUUACUCGCUCAAAGGCCUGUUUUAGUGUUUUUACCCCAAACAAUGAACUAUAUAACAAAACUCCCCCUCUUAUCAAUUCAUACAAUGACAUCACUGUGGCAGAGAGGAGUUGAAAGGAGUGUUGGUUAGUUAAGCUUCCGUGUUGUACAAGUUGCACUUGUAGUUAUAGGACAUACCAUAAAACACACACACACAGACAUUAAGAUAUUAAUACAUAAUAGAAACCUCCUGACACCGUGUAGACACACGAUCUCACUCUACAGCUGAGGGCUGUUGUGCUGUUGCCGUGGCUACGGAGCUAUUCUCACAUCUGCAGAGCUAAAGCAAACAGGCAGAUGAGAGCGAGCGAGAGAGAAAGGCCCGUAGGUGAAGGGAAGGAAGGAAUAUUUACAACCACGUAGUUAACAGACAGAGAACAUUACACAGCAAGGCACUGUAAAAGUGCUGACCCACAGUAGCGGAGGAGAGAUGAGGCUCUGUUUUCUUUCAUCUUGUCUUGUGUGCAAAUGCUGCCGAGAGACUUGGGAGUGUCUGUCUUUUGCGUGAAGUGGUGACGCCAUGUCGGCCAAUUUUCUGUCGCUCUGAAAACACAAACACACUCUGACAUGUUUCCUCUGUCCGAUGUCAUGGCCGCUGACAGCUGUGGCCUGUUCAUCUCGCUCUUGAAAGGGAGACGAAAGAAAGGUGAGAACGGAGGAGUGCGGUGAUGGGUUGGGCUUACCGUACGCGUGGCUGCCGCCUCACCUGUGGACUGACACAACCGGGUCAGAGCUCCAGGGGUGUAUCAGUUUCCCCGUUGCUAUGACAACGGUAGAAGUUGUGGGGGGGGUAAUGAAUCUCCAACUACCUCAGUAUGUCAGUGUGUAUUUGCGGCAGACACACACACACACACAGACAACACACACACACAGUGUUACGAGGCCCCGUGGCGUGUGCAGUGCCACAGCACCAGGUCGAGCACCAGCCAGGCUCCAGGUGUGUCUAACAUGAUUAUAUCCAAGCACUACGCCACUUUUACCACUUUUUCUUUCCUCUCCUCUCCUUUCCCAGACCUACUAAUGGCUGUUUUGGUGUCAGUGUGAGCCUGUGUGUUACAAUGUUAAACGUCUGGUGGUGUCUCCAUACAGCAUCCUUGGGCUGCCUACCUAGGGGUGUUGUGGCAGACCAGAACAGAACAGACCACAACAAACCAGACCAGACCAGAGAACAGACCAGACCAGAGUGAAAACCCCACAGUGUCGCUGCUUUAUUCCCAUGAUUGUGAGCUGCUGAGCUGUAAAGAGGGGGAUCCCCACAGAAAUACAAUGACUAGAGAUUCUAUGGGGAUCCCCACCACCCACUGUGAGCACGUCCACACUCCACAGGGGGGAGUGAAGUGAGUAAUACACAGCAGGGGAGGGGAGAACUGAGUCACAAGCCCAGAGAGGUGAGGGGGAAGCCCCCAGGGAUGCCCAGGCCAGACAGGGGGACAAAGGAUGCAGAGGUUUACCUCAGUGCUAACUUUCUUUUAAAAUAUCAAACCUGACUCACUGUUAGGCUGCCUCGCAGGACAAACAAACAGGUCGGGUCCAGACACACAUAACAAGCCUUUUCCAAACCCCCUGAGUCAAAAGUGUGUGUGCGUGCAUAAUGUGCGUGUGCGCGUCCAUCCAUAGUAUGUGUGUCUAACCCCCUAGCUCACUGAUGUAAAAUAAACACAUUAUUCUCACAGCCCUGGAAGUCCUGACCCUCUAGUCUCUCCUCUCUAGCCGUGUCAUAGAUUCACUGCUCUCCAUCUUAUUUAUUUAGCUUUGCUCUCUUUUCCUUCCCACUGAAGUGGCAUGCUGCUCUAUGGCUGCUUGGGGAAGACAGUGGCACAGCGGUCUAAGGCACUGCAUCUCAGUGCUUGAGGCGUCACUACAGACCCCCUGGUUCGAUUCCUGGCUGUAUCACAACCGGCCGUGAUUGGGAGUCCCAUAGGGCGGUGCACAAUUGGCCCAGCGUCGUCCGGGUUUGGCCGGUGUAGGCCGUCAUUGUAAAUAAGAAUUUGUUCUUAACUGACUUGCCUAGUUAAAUAAAGGUAAAAUAAAUUUAAAAAACAGUGUUGUGCUCCUUCUAGUGCCUGCUUUGAGCACUGGACAGACGUUUUGUCAUUCUGGAGAAUGGGAGGGAUGAGGUGUGUGCGUGUGCAUGCACACAGACUCUUGGCCGUCUCUUUACGUUCCCUAAUACACCCCCUCUCUCCCUAAGCAAACACCUGGAGGCUGCCUCCCCUCUCCAUCCCUCCCUCCCUCCUCUCUAAUGACAGGCCACAACAAAACAGGAAACAAGGCCGUGCUCCCGGUGAUGGCAUGGAAAUUGGUCCGAGUGGAGGGCCUUUGUCUAAACAUGAACUCACCCUACAGAGAGAGAGAGAGAGAGAGAGAGAGACACACACACACACACACACACACACAGCGAGAGAGAGAGACACAUACACACACAGAGAGAGAGAGAGACACACACACACACAGAGAGAGAGACACACACACACACACAGAGAGAGAGAGAGACACACACACAGAGAGAGACACACACACAGAGAGAGAGACACAGAGCGAGUGAGACACACAGAGAGAGUGAGACACAGAGACAGGGAGAGGGGGAAGAGAGACAGAGGGAAAAGGACAGGAAUGGAGGAGUGACCCAGAUCAAAUGAAGAGAUGGAAAGAAUAUCUCAUGGCAUUUAUUUGAUUGAUUUGAAAACAAUAGGAGAUCCUUCACAGGGCUGGUCCGCUGUGGUUUGGUGAUGUGGAGUAGAUAAUACAGAAGGAGUGUAUGAGAACUGAGGGAGGAUGGGAGGAUGGCGUGUCGUGAGAGAGGGAGCAGAUGGAGAGGAGUGUGAGCGAGGGAGACAGAAGGAGGGAUAGAGAAGAGGGGAGAGGGUGGAUAGAGUUCAGAGAAAAGAAAUCUAGCUUCUAGGCUGGUGGUGAAAGGAGGGGUCACAUCAUUGACUUUUCCCUCAUAUAACAGUAUGACAGUAUGAGGAACAGAGGUCAGGGGCUUCUCAUGCACCGUCAGACUGUAGCACCGCACAGUCUCUCUCUUUCUCCCUCUCUCUGUACCUAUCUCUCUCACCCCUCUCUCUCUCUCUACCUCAAUCUGCACAUUCCCCCUAUCUCUCUCCCUCUGUCUCCCUCUUUCUGUCUCAGUGUCUCUCCUUUUGCAGGUGUAAAUAUGUGAGGGCGGAUAUGUUUUUUUAAAUGUGUUUGUAUAAUGUAUGAUAUUUACCCAAUAAAGGGAUGAAUUAUAAUAGUCUCUCCUUCCCUCUCCCAGUCGGUGUAUCUGGACCAGUUGCUGUCCUGUGUGGAUGUUCUGUUGUCUCUGUGUGCGAAGGACUGUUGCUCCAUCAGUCUACAGCUGUUACAGGUGCUGGUUACUGUCCAGAGCCUCUCCACUGAGCCACAGCUCACUGACAAGGUAAGAUGGACGCACACGCCCAAACACACAAACCAGCAUGCGUGCAUGGACACACACACACAUAUGUCUACACACACAUACAUCAAACCCUAGCUCACUGCCCAGGUAAGACCCACACAAACACAUAAUCACACACACUGACCCACAUACACACAGCCUCACCCAGUGUCUCUAACGAGCAAUCCCAGGCAGGCCUCCCCCUCCCCUGUGGGCUCGACGUUUAUAACCCACAAUCCACCUCACCUGUGUAACUACUCUUCUCCUUCUCUGCUCUGACAUGUGGUUUUACCCUUUUUCCCUGCCCUCUUUCUUUUAUAUUAGAACUGUAAGCAUGUUUUCUAUAUCGGGCCAGAGAAGCUAUUCGAAGAAUGUAAGCGUUAGACCUGGUUCAAAGUGGGCACAGUGGAACUCAACAGUCUACUGUAAUUACCCAUUUAGUCAGAAAUUGCACCUUUGGAGUGGAACUAGUUUAAACCGUUGCCGAGGGUGAAAGGAGGCGGUUUUGGAGAAGAGAGAGAGCGAGAGGGAGAGAGAGAGGGGGGGGGGGGCGUGUUGCGAGUCAGCAGGUGUGUCAUCAGCCCCAGCACCGUCCUUCCUCACGCAUACUGCCAUUACAUGCCACGCGAGCACCAUCCUGCCGCGAAGGACACUCAUUGUGUGGUUAACUUAACCCAGAAUAAAACUUAACAACAAAGAGAAGGGGAGGAGGAAACAGAACAGAUUGUAAAAGCCCUGUGUUACAUCUUAUGUCUGUCUGUUUGGAGUGUAUGCUAAUAACAGGUCUAAGAGCAGAGGAGCGGGAAGUGGAGUUGCACUCUGGCCAACGGAUGAAUGACUGACCACUGUGGCCUUCGAUGUCUGACUGUCUGUGUGUCUGUCUGCAGAAACUGUGUCCUGUCUGGAACUGGGAGGAAGAAUAGGGACAGGGACGAAGAGAGGGAGAGAAUGGGGGGAAGAAGAGAGGGGGGUGAGCAUGGCCUUGGGCAUUCCCCGAUGCUGUUCCACCUCCCAGGGGGAAUGGCAAUGUUAGUUUUCCUAGAAAAGGAGCUUUGCUUGCUUCCAGUCAGGGUUGGGGGGGAGAGUUAGAUGGUUAACACUAUUGACUCAAGAGGAUAGUCAGUCAGACAGUUAGUGUCCAUUCGUCUGUGUGUCCAUCCCCCCCCUCCCCUCAAGGGGGCCAUAAGGGGGACCAUUACUCGCCCCUCGAGGUCACUUCCUCUGUCCUGAAGAGACAACACUAUGUUUACUCUCCUUUCUCUCUCACUCGGCUCAUUACCCCUCCGUUGAUGUUUAUUGUGACUAUAGGAUGUGUGUGAAUGCUUCCGGUUUGCUUUUCUGUAUGGGUAUAUGUGUUAGUGUUUGCAUCGGAGUGGUUUGAUAUUUAAGACUAAGAGCAUGUGAAGUACAUUGUUUACAGUGUGUGAGUCUUUGGGAAAAUGUUCUUUCCAUGGUAACCUUACUGUUCAUGCUUUUGUUUCCGGAUGUAAUCUGAACUUUAUGGAAUGUGUUGGGAUCACUUUCUCUCACCUUCCCUUCCUUCCUCUCUCUCUCUCUCUCUCUCUCUCUCCAUCUCUCCAUCUCUCAGGCAGAGCAGAGUGUAGUGUCUUUGUGUAAGGUCCAGGGUCUGGCUACAGUAGCUGACCUCUACAGGCAGCACAUGGAUCAGCUGCUCCAGUGGCUCUCAGCCUCUCAGAAGACCUGGACCAGCUACACCCCCCAGAGACUGCAGCUCCAGGUCAUCGCCACCCAAUCAGGUGAGACUAUAGGUCAGGCUUCUCCAACCCUGUUCCUGGAGAGCUACUCUCCUGUAGGUUUUCAAUCCAACUCCAGUUGUAACUAACCUGAUUCAGCUUAUCAACUAGCUAAUUAUUAGAAUCAGGUGUGCUAGAUUAGGGUUGGAGAGAACCUACAGGAACAGGGUUGGAGAGCUCUGCUAUAGGUAAUCUCUGGCCAAUCAGGUGAGCGUAUAGCCACAUUGCUGGCCAAUCAGGUGAGCGUAUAGGCACAUCGCAUUCUUAUUGGCAGACUAAAUAGCCUUGGUUUCUCAAAUGACUGCCUCGCCUGGUUCACCAACUACUUCUCAGAUAGAGUUCAAUGUGUCAAAUCGGAGGGCCUGUUGUCUGGACCUAUGGCAGUCUCUAUGGGGGUGCCACAGGGUUCAAUUCUUGGGCCGACUCUUUUCUCCGUGUAUAUCAAUGAUGUCGCUCUUGCUGCUGGUGACUCUCAGAUCCACCUCUAUGCAGACGACACCAUUUUGUAUACAUCUGGCCCUUCAUUGGACACUGUGUUAACAAACCUCCAAACAAGCUUCAAUGCCAUACAACACUCCUUCAGUAGCCUCCAACUGCUCUUAAACACUAGUAAAACUAAAUGCAUGCUCUUCAAUCGAACGCUGCUGGCACCCGCCCACCCGACUAGAAUCACUACUCUCGACGGGUCUGACCUAGAGUAUGUGGACAACUACAAAUACCUAGGUGUCUGGUUAGACUGUAAAAGUCUCCUUCCAGACUCACAUUAAGAAUCUCCAAUCCAAAGUUAAAUCUAGAAUCGGCUUCCUAUUUCGCAACAAAGCCUCCUUCUCUCAUGCUGCCAAACAUGCCCUCGUAAAACUAACUAUCCUACCGAUCCUUGACUUCGGCGAUGUCAUUUACAAAAUAGCCUCCAACACUCUACUCAGCAAAUUGGAUGUAGUCUAUCACAGUGCCAUCCGUUUUGUCUCCAAAGCCCCAUACACUACCCACCACUGUGACCUGUACGCUCUUGUUGGCUGGUCCUCACUACAUGUUCGUCGUCAAACCCACUGGCUCCUGGCCAUCUAUAAAUCACUGCUAGGCAAAUCCCCGCCUUAUCUUAGCUCAUUGGUCACCAUAGCAGCACCCACCCGUAGUCUGCGCUCCAGCAGGUAUAUCUCACUGGUCAUCCCCAAAGCCAACACCUCCUUUGGCCGCCAUUUCUUCCAGUUCUCUGCUGCCAAUGACUGGAACGAAUUGCAAAAAUCUCUGAAGCUGGAGACUCUUAUCUCCCUCACUAACUUUAAGCAUCAGUUGUCAGAGCACCUUACCGAUCACUGCACCUGUACACAGCCCAUCUGUAAUUAGCCCACCCAACUACCUCAUCCCUAUAUUGUUAUUUAUUUUUGCUCAUUUGCACCCCAGUAUCUCUAUUUGCACAUCAUCUCUUGCACAUCUAUCAUUCCAGUGUUAAUACUAAUUGUAAUUAUUUUGCACUAUAGCCUAUUUAUUGCCUUACCUCCAUAACUUGCUACAUUUGCACACACUGUAUAUAUAUUUUCUGUUGUAUUUUUUGACUUUGUUUUGUUUUACCCCAUAUGUAACUCUGUUGUUGUUUUUAUCGCACUUCUUUCUUGGCCAGGUCGCAGUUGUAAAUGAGAACUUGUUCUCAACUGGCUUACCUGGUUAAAUAAAGGUUAAAUAAAAAAAAUAUAUAAAAAAAUUGCUGGCCAAUCAGGUGAGACUACAGGUCAUCUCUGUCCAAUCAGGAGACCAAUCUGUAACCAAGACAUUACUGUCCUAUCAGUCAUAUCUGGCCAGUCAGAGACUAAAGCCACAUUAUUGUCUAAUCAUGUGAGACUACAGGCAGAGAGGAAGAGGCGAAGCGAGAGGUUUUACUCCGCCCAAAAUAUGUCCAUGAAAAUAAGCCUACGAGGGUGGGAUUUUUGUAUGGAGGUCAAUGAGAGGGUGUCAAAUUUGGUCAACAAAAAAUUGAUCGUUUGCUAAGUGAUGCUUAUUUGAUCAAAUAGAAGUUUCGUAAUGGUUAGGUUGUUACGAAUUUCACAUUUACAUUUACAUAAUUUAGCAGACGCUCUUAUCCAGAGCGACUUACAAAUUGGAUUCACUGAUAUAAGUGGACUCGUGGCAUUUACGUAACUUUGACAAAAACAACUUUAUAUUGGAGUUGGAUAUAACCCGUUUUAGUGUGGAUAUUGCCAUUUAGGGCAUCUACCAUUUUAAAGUAGUCAAUUGGGUGGGGAUUCCUAUGAUUUGGGAGCAAUCAGCCAAACGGCCACCAUCAUAGAUUGAUUACUUAGAUUUACUGAACAAAAAUAUAAACGCAACAUGCAAUAAUUUCAAAGAUUUUACUGAGUUACAGUUCAUAUAAGGAAAUCAGUACAUUUAAAUGAAUUAGGCCCUAAUCUAUGGAUUUCACAUGACUGGGAAUACAGUUAUGCAUCUGUUAGUCACAGAUACCUUAAAAAAAAAAAAGUAGGGGCAUGAAUCAGAAAAACAGUCAGUAUCUGGUGUGACCACCAUUUGCCUCAUGCAGCGCGACACAUCUCCUUCGCAUAGAGUUGAUCAGGCUGUUGAUUGUGGCCUGUGGAAUGUUGUCCCACUCCUCUUCAAUGGCUGUGCGAAGUUGCUGGAUAUUGGCGGGAUCUGGAACACGCUGUCGUACACGUUGAUCCAGAGCAUCCCAAACAUGCUCAAUGGGUGACAUGUCUGGUGAGUAUGCAGGCCAUGGAAGAACUGGGACAUUUUCAGCUUCCAGGAAUUGUGUACAGAUCCUUGCGACAUACUUGGGCCGUGCAUUAUCAUGCUGAAACAUGAGGUGAUGGUGGCAGAUGAAUGUCACGACAAUGGGCCUCAAGAUCUCGUCACGGUAUCACUGUGCAUAUAAAUUGCCAUCGAUAAAAUGCUAUUGUGUUCGUUUUCCGUAGCUAAUGCCUGCCCAUACCUAACCCCACCACGACCAUGGGCACUCUGUUCACAACGUUGACAUCAGCAAACCGCUCACCCACACGACGCCGUACACUCUGUCUGCCAUCUGCCAAGUACAGUUGAAACCAGGAUUCAUCCUUGAAGAGCACACUUUUCCAGCGUGCCAGCGGCCAUCGAAGGUGAGCAUUUGCGCACUGAAGUCGGUUACGACGCCGAACUGCAGUCAGAUCAAGACCCUGGUGAGGACGACAAGCACGCAUAUGAGCUUCCCUUAGACGGUUUCUGACACUUUGUGCAGAAAUUAUUUGGUUGUGCAAACCCACAGUUUCAUCAGCUGUCCGGGUGGCUGGUCUCAGACAAUCCUGCAGGUGAAGAUGCCGGAUGUGGAGGUCCUGGGCUGGCAUGGUUACACAUGGUCUACGGUUGUGAGGCCGGUUGGACGUACUGCCAAAUUCUCUAAAAUGACGUUGUAGGCAGAUUAUGGUAGAGAAAUGAACAUUCAAUUCUCUGGCAAAAGCUCUGGUGGACAUUCCUGUAGACCUCAUGCCAAUUGCCCACUCCCUAAAAACUUGAGACAUCUGUGGCAUUGUGUUGUGUAACAAAACGGCACAUUUUAGUGGCCUUUUAUUGUACCCAGCACAAGGUGCACCUGUGUAAUGAUCAUGCUGUUUAAUCAGCUUCUUGAUAUGCUACACCUGUCAGGACGCUGGCUUAUCUUGGCAAAGGAGAAAUGCUCACUAACAGGAAUGUAAACAAAUUUUAUAUUUGAGAGAAAUAAGAUUUUUGUGCGUAUGGAACAUUUCUGGGAUAUUUUAUUUCCGCUCAUGAAACAUGGGACCAACACUUUACAUGUUGCCUUUAUAUUUUUGUUCAGUGUAGUAUCUUGUUGAACUAAAAGGGCCAUGUUUGAAUGUUGGUAUGUCCGUUCUAUGCACUUUAUUUCUACGCCGUCAUCUACCCUUAAGAACUGUAUGACUUUGAGACGAAUCAAAGACCUUUGACUCAAGGCCCCUUUUAGAAACACUUACACAGACAGAAAGCAACUUGGCUGGCUACCCAAGCUCCUUGCGCCGGCCAAAUGCUACGCCACGCCCAUGGAUGUUCGAUUCUUCUUCCCAAUGAGUCUGGAUCUGAGUACCUCCCCGAUGAUUUCUACUAUGGAAAUCCAUUCUAGACCGUCUGAUUGGUCCCAGAAACCAAUGGGUUGGGCCAGAGCCAGAACAAAAGUGUGGAAAGCGGCGCUUUAACAAUUCGUGAUUGGCUUUGAUACUCUAAUUGGUUAGAGAUUAUCCAAUCGCUGAUUACUUUGUUUUGUACACACCCCGCACUUUGAUGUCACCACAAAGGUCUUCAAUGAUGGCAGUCUCAGACUGAAGUAUGUAGCGAACGAUAGCAGCGGAAUAAUUCAGUUUGAGUCUUCUGGCAAGACAGCAACAGAACCUGCCAUUAUCCAGCUACACACAGAAAGUUUGUCAUUAGAGCCCAGUUAGCUUAGUGACUAGGGUAAAUCCCCCCCACUCCCAGUCUGUCUCAGUCCAGUUUAGGGAGGGUUACAGGGCUCUGAACCUCACUUUACGCAUUACUUUACCCCUAUCCCCCCAUAAUCCGCCUGAAAUUAGCACCUCCGACACACUUUCUUUCAUCCCGGAUUGCUCUCUCUCUCUCUCUGUCUCUCUCUGUCUGUCUGUCUGUCUCUCCGUCUCAGUCUGACUCUCUCUGUCUCUGUCUCGGUCUCUCUCUCUCUCACACCACACACUUGCACUUCAGACCUAUACACUCUUAGAAAAAAGGGUUCCAAAAGGGUUCUUCGGCUGUCCCCAUGUAGAACCAUUUUGGGUUCCAUGUAGAACCCUCUACGGAAACUGAAAAAGUAUUUGAGAUACUAUUUUUUUAUUGGACCAUAAGCUUUUUUAGGUUUUUGCUGUGAUUGUAUGGGAACAGCAAUAAGUAGCUGAAGUAUGUCCUCUAGUCAAGCCCCCAGUCAUAACUGACCAGUCCAUUCUAAGCCUACGGUCAGCCCCCACCCAGGUCACAACAUCAAACGACAACCCCAAAGACCAAAGCGGACCCUCGUCUUGACCCUGAUCCCCCCCCUUGCAUCAAGGCCACUUUGAACCUCAGAGUCUUUGUGUGUGUGGUGCUUUUUAAAAUACUCCCUACAAAGCCCCUCGCCGUUCCGGGGUUAACCUUUCACCUUUCUGGCCACUAUGCCAAAGCAUUCUGGGAAUAUGGGCAUCUAUUUGUCAUUGUUUGAGAUCUGAGAAUUUCCCAUCUCUUAGUCAUAGUCUGUUCUCACCUUCUGACUGCUGUUUGUCAGACAUAAACUUUGUCCCCCCUUUUCUUCUUCACACUGGCAUUGCUCCUCUUUUCUGUGUGUGUGUUUGUCCGUGAAUGUCCCUGCGUGUGUGUGCACUGUGCAUACGUGUGUGUUCCUUCACUGUCUCUGGUCUGGCACCCUCUGCCCCUGUAAAAAAAAAUCUCCUCUGUGUCUGUGUGCCAACAUCACGCCACGCAAUGCCAGGUGAGAGGAGCAGGACAGGACACUGUGGUCAACUGGCUGUGUACUAUGGGUCAUUUGAGUGGAAUCCAGCCUAGCUGACCCUCUCAUAUCCGCAGUGUGUUUGUGUGAAGAGGCCUUGAGAUGUCUGGUCUGGUCUGGUCUGACACCUUCACCAUGUUUGUGGCACCGUUUUGAUUCACACAUUCUUGCUGCAUGACAUCUUUCCAUUUGUCUCUCUCUCUCUCUCUCUCUCUCUCCUUACCCUCCAUUGCCUUGUUCUCUCUUUCUCUCCCUCUCUUUAUCUGCUUCUUGGAGGCAGUCAGUUCUACUGGCCGGCCACUGCCCUCCGCAUCACAGGAUAUCCUGUCUCGUCUCUACAGCGUGUCACACACACAUAAUCAGACAGACAGUUGGUUAGUGUGUGUAUGUGAGCUGGGAAUACUUUCACUGUGAAUUUCCCAUCCAGUGAGUGACCCUGUCUGGUAACAGGACUUACGGCAACACACACACACACACACACACACACACUCCUUUUACUCAUGUCUCAUUUCCUUGUUGCUGUGUGUCACAGUCUGGUCAUUCCUUGGAACUUUCCCUGUCUGACAUGAGUACUGGUCAGUAGUACUAAUAAUAGGACUUAUAUUCCUCUGUGUUUGUGUGUGUUCAGGCCCAGUCAUUGGAGAGUUCCUGCCCUUGCUAAUGCCCCUUCUGCAGAACUGUCUGAACCCAGAGAGAGACCCUGAGAUGAGACUGCACAUCUUCACCAUGCUGUCCAAACUGCUGCUGGAUGCUACACACACUCUGGACUCCCAGAGGUGAGUUCUGAAUGGACACACACACACACACACACAAUCAGCUGGUCCUAUUUGAAUCCCUACCCCUCCCCCUUGGCCCUAACCCUUCAAAGUUUGCAGAUCUGUACGGUGGAAGCAAUAUUGGGAAGCUUUACCACUACACUGCUUAAAUACCUAUCCAGGCAUGCUAACAUGGAGGGGUCCAAAGGGGAGGGACAGGGACCGGCUGAUACAAACAGCCUCCCACACACACACACACUGACUCAUGCACAGACUGACUCACACACAAACUGACGCAAGGACACGCACAUGCUCAUACACGCAAAUUCACAUACAUGCAUACACACGCACAUGCGUGCACAUACACACACAAACCUGUGACCACCACACACAGACACAAAACAUGCAUUAUAUACACCAAGCUCCUACACCCGCAGCUAAGUCACAGAGUGAAAACAGAAAGUACCUCUGGUGCCCCAACAUACCACAAGGUGGGUAAAGGAGAGGUGAAAAGUUUAGUAAUGCUCUUAGACACACACAUACAGACACACACACACACAUACAGACACACACACUCCAAGCCAGGCGGGACGGGGUAUAGCCCAGGUUGACUUUCCACAGGCUCGUUAGUGCAUGCUGACCUAAACCUCUCACGUUUGUUUUCAUUUCUCCAAACUGCACUGAACGCUAUGUGUUUCUCCCCAGACAUUAUUAGCAGAUUUAGCACAGCUCAUGUUUUUCCAACUUCCCCUCAUUAACUGCAGAAUUAGCAGCCCAGCGACAUGGGACCCUCAUCAACAGAAGUAGCUGUCAAUGAUGUGUUCUGUACAGCAUGUCUAUGGUAGCUGUCCCAUCUCAGGCUCUGCAGACUGCAGUGGGUCUGUUUAUUCUCUAUGGGGCUUGGGCUAUAUAGAGUCUAUGGCUGCUAUAGGAGAUUGGUCUUGGGAGGAACAACCAUGAGUGUAAUUUCCUCUAGUAACGGAUGUGUUGAAAAUGUGUUGGCCUAAUGUUGUCCCUCCCAGAGGAGAUGGUGAACAGACUCAUGGGGGGUGUCAGUUACCCCCUCGUCUCACUAAUCUGGAUGGAAUCUACCACCACAGGCAUCUUGUUACGUCUGGGACCUACUAACAUGAAACAUACAUAGCAAUAUGCCUCUGAUGAGGGGAGGGGGUGGAUUUCGGGUUGAUCUAUCUGUCCUCAGUGAGUUAGUAACGCUGUGCCUGAUCCCCACCCCAGAGUGAUCUUUCAACACUCUUUUAUGGGGAUGGAGCAUUGAGACUAAUUGAUUGAUUCAUUGGAUUGAUUGAACGGAUGAAUGAAUGACAGAAUUAAACCUGUAUUGCCCUGAAGAGGAUUUGAUUUGCACAUCAUGAGCCACAUUGUAAACAGACAAAUGCAACCAAAUCACCUGUGGGGAGGAUACCUGUCACCCACACAUUCCACAUUACAUUCAUUCAAAUCCAGACCAGGAUAUUAGCAGACAAUAACAUGAAAGACUCAUCAUUGGGGCCCUGAAUAUCUCUGUUGUUAUCUCCCCUCUCUCCAAGCCAUUUCCCCAUAGUCUGUCCCUCUUCCCCUCCAGUGCCUCACCCGUCUCCUCCCCCUGUCCCUGUCCCUGGCCCUGGCCCUGAUCUCUAAUCUAGGGGAAUGUGUUAAGUUAAGCCGGGGCCGUGUGCUCUGUGGUCUCUGCUGUGGCUCCUGCGGUCGGAGCAACAGUUGUCCCCGUCACUCAGUGGGGUAACUCGUCAGUGUGGUCCCCAAGGGUCGACCGUGACUGCCCUGGGUGCAGCGCGUGUCACCAUGGAUGUGUACAUAAUGGCUAGGUAUGUUGAGGUCAAUCUGGGUAGUUUGUGUGGAUAGUUUGUAUGGGUAUUGGUAGUUUGUAUGGUGUGGAACCCUUGUAGCCAAACUGGCCAAAGGAGUUGGUAGAAGCAGACUGACACCCAGGCUAGAUCUCAGACGUUAAAAGAUUAGAAUUCUGAACUCGAAGCUCCAAGAUGUGACUGCUAGGCCUACAUCCAGUUGAUAAAGGUAUGAAGUGAACAGCCAACAAGCAUUGCCUCUGUCCUUCCCCAACUCUCUCUUCCUCUCCCAGGCCACCUAUGCUGUUUAGUGUUGACUUGUGCUUUUAACCCAGGGCACCUCGGUAGUUAAAUCAUCAUAGGAAGAUUAGUAGUGAGCGAUUCUACAGUAUAAUACCUUUCAUCUAAGGGCACCAAGUCUUAUUGCUUUGGAUGUUGGGAGAAGGGGAAGUUUAUACUAUGAGGAAUUCAUAUUGACUUAAAGGGUAGGAAGCAUGAGUUUUUACUCACCAAUGUGUGGUCAAAGACUUAGUCACUUAGUUGUAGUCACGAUCUGGAUACCUAUAAGUACAAACAUAGUUAUGUUUUUGGGUUAUUACAUAUUUAUUAACUUAAUUCCAGAUAUCUUCUAAACUACCCACAAUGCACUAUUUCUCAACAUCAUAUGGAGGAUCUACUCUGUGCUACAGAGUUCGUAUGCUAGGUCGGUAGCAAGCUCAAGCUGGCUAACGUUAGCCACUAGCCAUGUUACCAUGUAAUUAUAUUCCAGACCAAGUGUUGGUGGUGGUGAGUUACAAUCCACCAAUCACGAGGAAGUGUGAUGUAAACAAGGAGUAGAUGGGGCACAUGCAGCAUGCUCUUCACUGACUUUGUGGCAGUGUUAUCUAUUGGGAACCCAUUAGCAUGGCAGGCUUCUUGCCGUGGGCUCAUAACGAAAGGUCUCCUUUUUGUUUUGUCAACUUUUCAGCAUGUUAUCUGUGAAGUAGGCUACAGGAGUUUUGUAACUUUUUCCACCUUGGCUUAGUGCUACUGUGCUAGCUGACAGACAUCUGGAAUCAAUGUAUUUUGGAUUUCUCUGACUCUCCCUUCGGCCCAGCGACUUGUCCGCGUCCCCCUCGCUUUCGUAGCUAACUCAGCCUGCACUUUUAAAAAAGUUUUACCAUCGGAUGAGCUCCAGCCAUCAAUCUGGAUGUCUUCUCUCUUUGCUUUUAAUCUGCAGUUAUGUUUUGGUUGUGUUGUGUUGGGCUCUAGCUUGCCGACCAUAACCGUGGAGGUUGGCUAGGCUAAUAGCUAGUUGGCUAAAUAGCUAACGUUAGCUGGCUGGCUAGCUUGCUGGCUAAGAUAACUGCAUAUAGCUAACAUUCUUUAAUAACUUGUUAGAUGGCGUUAUGUAUUUCCAAAACUUUAGUUUACUUUAAUGAAUCUGUAAGCUAGGUGUUGAUCGCAACUGGCUGACUCAUUCAGUGAUAACGUUAGCAGUUUGGUAGGGCUAACGUUAGCAGGCUAGUAGGGCUAACAUUAGCAGGCUAGUUGGCUAGCAACCUUGCAAGUUGAUUUGUAACAAUAAAUUCAAACCAGUAGUUGGUUUAAUUUGAAGUUAUACAUUUUAAGUUAUUUUUGUUGGAGUUUACAUUAUAGGGAAUAGGCUGGCUUGCUGGGUCCUCCAUAUUACAUCACACCCCGGGAAAAACAUUUUCCGACAUGACUUCGGCGUUCUUUGGAAUUCUGAUCGGUUUUCGAAAAAUAGAAAAGUGAGGUGUAACUUUGCAUUUUGACUUUUUAUGCGUAUACUAAUGCAAAUCCAUUUGUUACAUGUGGUUACGUUUAUGCUACCUACCCUUUUAAGUAAUACCUUCCCGCACACCGUCUCUCCCAUGUAGAAUGUUUGUAGUUUGUAGUGCAGCACACACAAACAAAAACUCCAUCUCAUCAAGGCGACAAUGAUAAUGAUACACAGUAUCUCUCUAUAAUACACUCUUUGUACCAAAAUGACAUAAUAACAUGUCGGCAGCAGAACAAAGAGAAAGGAAAAGGGAAGGGAGAGAAGAGUGUAUCCUCAAAUACGUGCCUUAGUUCCACUGACACAUAAUGGCUUUGUUUCAUGUGGAUCUGUGGGCUGCUAUUAAAGGUGAAGUUGGAAUAGAAGUAGAGAGGUGGGCUGCUAUUGAAGGUUAAGAUGAAAUACAAGUAGAAAGGAAUGUGUUAUGGGAGAAAGAAUACACCCCACACACUGUGAAAAUGGCAGAUAAAAUCAAAGUAAUUCUUCAAAAGAAAGAGGUGUGUGUUGUUGGCAAGGAAGGUCUGUAAUUGCUGUCUGAGAUUUACAGCAUAGAGCUAGGCAGUGUAGAGACCCAACAGGCUAGCAUCCAGUGUGUGUGUAGCACAUGGGGAUGUGUGAAACUUACUCCUCAGCCUGAAGUGUCCCAACUUGCGCUGCCGAAUAGCUAGCUUUUCACGUGGCGCGAUUGGUAAGACGCUUCAGGAGGGUGGUCAUGUGUGCUUGCAAAGAAACAGAGGUCCUGGGUUCGGGCCUCGGUAUGAGCCGAAUCAGGAGGAAGCGGUACUCUAAGCAAGCAGCGUGACGUCCUUUACAUGUGCACAUGUGUUACUGUCUGGGAGGUAACACUUGUCUUGAGUCAGACUGUACAUGUGUGAUGGGUACCAAAUUGAUGAUCAUAUCUUAUUGUGUGCAUGCCUGCGAGCGCCAUGCACGCUAUUGAUGGGAUUGGUCAAUGCGAUGUGGAAAGAGGACUUUCCAUGUCCUACCAUCACUCUUCAUGGCAUUCUUUCCAUCCACUUCCAUAUGGGCAGAGAGAGAGCAGGGAGAAUAGAACACAUGAAGGCCACUGACUGACUUCUGGCUGCAUUAGUGGGAGAUAGGCUCCCCCUACUGGUGAAGAGAUGGUACAGGCCGCUCCAACGUGUAGUAUUACAGGGUCACUCAGAACAGAAACAUAAUGGGGGUGUAUAUAGGGAUUAUAGAGACUGCUGCCAGAUUUUACACUUACAAAUACCACAUGUCAGUGUCGAGGAGAAAUGGGGUGUCGUACUCAUAAAUGAACGAGGUGUGUGUGUGUGUGAGAGUGAAGGGGGAGUGAGUGACUGUCAGUAUGAUUGAAUUGGCAGGAAAGUAGAGUGAGUUAGAGAAGAGGAGAAAUGAAGGACAUCCAGAUGGUCCUUUCCUCCUCUUCUUGUCCUCCACUCUGUUCCAUCUCUUUCUCUACCUCUAGUGUUACUUUGUGUGGACAGGCUGGCUGGCUAUGGGAAACAUGGCCGUAGGUCCAGCUGUGUGUCAGUGGUUUGCCACUGUGUAGCACUCACAGUAAUCUCCAGUAGCUGCCUGGUAACUCUAUAUUACUGUAUCCUCACCAAGUGCUUUCACAUCGCAUCACGUCAUAGGACUAGUAGGCUACUUCCCAGUCUGCUCAUCCUGACUCUUAUGACGUUGCCUAUUUGUACACUGACUGUGUCAUUUAUCACCAUAUCGUUAGAUUAUAUUAGGUAUUCCUAGACUUUUCUGUGAAGUUCUUAGGAAUUUCAUAGUGAAUUAUUCGAUAAUUUAUUGGGAGUGUGGAGACUAAGACUGGGGAGUAGACUUAUUUAUUUAUUUUCAGAAGAAAAUAAUAUAUUUUUCCUUAUCAUUAGAGAAUUUCUUGGGAGUGUGGGAACUAGUGUCAUUCUACUAGAACCUUCAAACUCAUCUCUGGACCUGGAAGCCAGUUCCACUGAGUGUUUUCAUUGUUCCCCUCUAAUCAGGGACUGAUUUAGACCUGGGAUACCAGGUGGGUGUAAUUAAUUAUCAGAUAGAACAGAAAACCAGCAGGCUACAGACCUCAUAGGGUAAGAGUUGAAUACCCCUGUACUAGAGAGUAGAUUUUCUUGGGUAUUUUUAGUGAAUUAUUAGAUAAUUUAUUUGGAGUGUGGGGACUGGGGAGUAGAGACAGCAUCAAAACAUCUACUUCUAUAGAAUAGGUGUAAUAAUGUAGUAAUGAGUCCAUUGGAACAGCUGACAGACUCUCUCCAUAUCUCUCCCUCUCUCUCUUCUCCCCUCCCCCCACCCCUCUAUUUUUUUCCCUCCCUCUUUUCCCCUCCCCCCACGCCUCUCUCUCUUCCGCCUCUCCCUCCCUCUCUCUCUCUCCCUCCCCCUCCCUCCCUCUUCUCUCUCUCUUCUCCCCUCCCCCACCCUCUCUCUCUCUCCUUCUGCACUCUCGCUCUCCUCUCUUCUUCCUUCUCCUACCGCUUCCUCCGCUCUCUCCUCUCUCUCUCUCUCUCUCUCUCUCUCUCUCCUCGCUCUCUCUCUCUCGAGUCUCAUCUCUCUCUCUCUCAUCUCUUUUUUUCUCUCUCUCUCUCCUCUCUCUCUCUCUAGGCGGUUCUGUGAGCACCUGGAUGUGUUUCUACUGGAGUUGCUGCUACCUAACCUGGUGUGGAAGGCAGGUCGUACUGCUGCAGCUAUCCGUACCUCAGCUCUCAGCUGUCUGCUAGCCCUGCUGCAGGGGGGAGCCAUCACGCCCGGCCAGGUAAACACACACACACACCACACACACACAGGUACCUGCACAAGUAAACAUAUACAGCACAUGCACUGGUAAAUGCAGACCACACCACCUGUAACGUUCAAACACAGACAUGUACCACCUGUACAGUUAAACACGGAGACAUGUACACACCUGUACAGUUAAACACAGAGACAUAUACACACCUGUACAGUUAAACACAGAGACAUAUACACACCUGUACAGUUAAACACGGAGACAUAUACACACCUGUACAGUUAAACACAGAGACAUGUACACACCAGUACAGUUAAACACGGAGACAUGUACACACCUGUACAGUUAAACACAGAGACAUAUACACACCUGUACAGUUAAACACAGAGACAUGUACACACCUGUACAGUUAAACACGGAGACAUGUACACACCUGUACAGUUAAACACAGAGACAUGUACACACCUGUACAGUUAAACACGGAGACAUGUACACACCUGUACAGUUAAACACGGAGACAUGUACACACCUGUACAGUUAAACACGGAGACAUAUACACACCUGUACAGUUAAACACAGAGACAUGUACACACCAGUACAGUUAAACACGGAGACAUGUACACACCUGUACAGUUAAACACAGAGACAUGUACACACCUGUACAGUUAAACACAGAGACAUGUACACACCUGUACAGUUAAACACAGAGACAUGUACACACCUGUACAGUUAAACACAGAGACAUGUACACACCUGUACAGUUAAACACAGAGACAUGUACACACCUGUACAGUUAAACACAGAGACAUGUACACACCUGUACAGUUAAACACAGAGACACUGGUGCACACAACGGCACAAGUAAGAACUGACACACUCACAUAAUACAUGCAGGUGUGUACACACAGGCACAACACAAAGAGAAGCAUACUGUAUAUUACUUUCCCCCAUUCUGACCUGUCCUCUCCUAUCUGCAGAACCCCUUAUUCUGACCUGUCCUCUCCUAUCUGCAGAAACCCUUAUUCUGACCUGUCCUCUCCUAUCUGCAGAAACCCUUAUUCUGACCUGUCCUCUCCUAUCUGCAGAAACCCUUAUUCAUGACCUGUCCUCUCCUAUCUGCAGAAACCCUUAUUCUGACCUGUCCUCUCCUAUCUGCAGAAACCCUUAUUCUGACCUGUCCUCUCCUAUCUGCAGAAACCCUUAUUCUGACCUGUCCUCUCCUAUCUGCAGAAACCCUUAUUCUGACCUGUCCUCUCCUAUCUGCAGAAACCCUUAUUCUGACCUGUCCUCUCCUAUCUGCAGAAACCCUUAUUCUGACCUGUCCUCUCCUAUCUGCAGAAACCCUUAUUCUGACCUGUCCUCUCCUAUCUGCAGAAACCCUUAUUCUGACCUGUCCUCUCCUAUCUGCAGAAACCCUUAUUCUGACCUGUCCUCUCCUAUCUGCAGAAACCCUUAUUCUGACCUGUCCUCUCCUAUCUGCAGAAACCCUUAUUCUGACCUGUCCUCUCCUAUCUGCAGAAACCCUUAUUCUGACCUGUCCUCUCCUAUCUGCAGAAACCCUUAUUCUGACCUGUCCUCUCCUAUCUGCAGAAACCCUUAUUCUGACCUGUCCUCUCCUAUCUGCAGAAACCCUUAUUCUGACCUGUCCUCUCCUAUCUGCAGAAACCCUUAUUCUGACCUGUCCUCUCCUAUCUGCAGAAACCCUUAUUCUGACCUGUCCUCUCCUAUCUGCAGAAACCCUUAUUCUGACCUGUCCUCUCCUAUCUGCAGAAACACUUGACAGUGAGUAAGGAGUACGAGGAAAUAUGUGGUAGUGCAUUUUUCUCUUUCAACCAUCAGGAGAGUUCAUCUAGCGCACGCUUCCCUGCUUUGUCCAUUUACCUUCAAUAUAGAUGGUCCCACUUGACACAUUUCAUGUAAUGGACUGUCUCCCUCUAUCCAUCUCUCCCCCUCUCUCUCUUUCCAUCUCCCUCUUUCUAUCCAUCUCUUUCUCACUCACACACACACUUUUUCGGUUCCUCUCUCUCUCUCUCGACUGUGUCAUGGCUAGAGCAAGGCAGCAGGUGUGUGGGGGUGGAGGGGGGUGGAUGGGAGGGUUCACAUACCUUUGUCCCACUGGAACAAUGCUGCCUCUGUCCUGGUUCCAUUGUUGUGGGCCGCAACCAUCACUUAGACAGGCCCCCGCACCUGCCCUUGGGACCACGUGUCCAGUCACACUCACACAUAUUCAUACCCACUCCACCGUCUGUGUUUGCCCUUGCAUGCGCAGAAUGACCGUUUCACAGCCAGCUCAAACACCACUUUGCGUUGCACCGCUUUUAAAAUUGUGUUUAACAACGGUGAAAACAAACAGUUUGGAGAACACUGGCUGUGUGUCUGUGGGUGUGUUCCUUUCCACAGGCAAAUCAAACUGGGCUUUGUCUGGGGAACAUUGUUCCAGCCCUUCACUCCUUCCUGUAAAAACAAUUAGCUGCUCCAUUUACACACAGCCCUAUCAAAUAGACACUGAUGUCAUGUUAGAUCACUUUACUGCCAAGCCCCCCCUCUCUUUCUCUCUCUCUCUCUCUCCCCUGUUUCCCUGUCGAGCACGCUCUCUCUGACCCUCACUCACUCGCUCUUUCUAUCGCACACACUCACUGUUUUCCUCUCCCUCUUUCCCUCUUUCUCUCUCUCUUUCUCUCCCUCGCCCUCUCUCUGUCUUCUCUCUCUCUGUCUCAACCACUCAAUCUCUCUUUCGUGUUUUGUUUGAAUUAGGUGUGGGGAUAAGAACCUUGAUAUCAGCUCAUGUGAUCUUAGACCAGCUCAGGGAUGGUUGUGUUGUGUUCUGUUCUGGUCUACCUGGCCCAGUGUCCAUCUAUGAGCUGGUGGAUCUUUGAUGCAGCUCCGUGCUGCUGUGUUUUCCCCAUCACUCCCACACUCCCAGCCUGGCUCAUAGUCACCAGGGAUGAUGAGCAACAGCCAUCUCUGUCCAGUUUCUCCUAUGUUUCAAGUGUUUGGGAAGUCAAUUGGUUAUAUAACAGGGUCUCCAGUGUCAGAACUGUGCUUUGGAUUACUGUGUGUGCUAGAGUAAUUCACUGUGACUACCUGUGAACAUGACAUGUAUGAAAUGUGAGUUCAGCUUUCCUGCUCUUGUGCUGCCCAGUGCCCACACAAUAUUUGCACAUUAGUAGUUGUGUUUUCUGUUUGUAGUAUGGCGAGAUUUGGUUGGGAGGGGCCCCCCCACCUAGCUGCAAAACAUUUUAGUGGCCCCCCUUUUGACGGUGGAGAGAAUAUUUUAAGUUUUAAAGUUAAUUUCCUGCAAUUCUACACAUUUUGCCAUGGGGUGGGGAGAACUGCAAUUUUGUUUAAAAAAUCCUGCAAUUCUACUCAUUUUGCCAUUGGCAGAGAGACAUUUUUACAGUUUUAAAGCUAAUUUCCUACAAUUCUACACAUUUUGUAAUGACUUAUGCCAUGUUAAUAUGAUAGCCUAUCUGAGUGAGAAUGACUAACAAAAUCAAUGCCGGCCCCCUGGAGGUCAGGGCCACUGGGCACGUGCCCUGGGUGCCCGGUCAGUAUACAGCCAUGAUUACUACACGUUUAAAUAGCUAGCUAGACCAACUACCAAGAAAUAAAUAAAUGUUAGCUGACGUGGCUAGUUGAGUGACUGUCAGUGACUGACAUAAGAGAAAAAAUGCUGAUAUUGCACCCGGUGUAUUCUACUAUUCUUACUUCCUUAGCGGCUGGGGUCCCUAAGCGACCACCUAUGUCACUUAUGCCUGGAACCGGCCCUGUGUCUGUUUUUAUCUCUCUGUUUGUAGUUACUGGCUGUAGAGGAGAGGCUGAGUCCCCAGGUGUUGUCUGUCUCUCUGUCUGUAUAUAACCUGUGUCUCUCUGUCUGUAGUUGUAUAUAACGUGUGUCUCUCUGUUUGUAGUUACUGGCCGUAGAGGAGAGGCUGAGCCCCCCGGUGUUGUCUGCUCUAGAGGAAGACUCUCAGCUGUCCAGACUACUGGCCUGUCGUUCUCUCUCCACCCUGCUCAAACUGAUCGGACCCAGCCUCCACCCAGAUGCCCUGAACAACAUCUACCCUGGUACUACACUGGUGUCUCCCUCUGUGUAUCCUGUCUUUGUUAGAGCAAACAUGUCUUUCUCUCCCUCUUUCCUUCACUCUAUUUCUCUUUCUUUCAUUCUCUCUCCUUCUUUAUUUUUGUUCCUCUCUCAUCCUCUCUUCAAUUCUCUCAUUCCCUCUGACACAUAUACAUCUUUCUACAUCAUUCUAGAAUGCAUCCAUGAUUACGAUUAUGAUCCCAUAGAAAUAGAUGUAAUCAUUCUAAUUCUAGACGGUCCUCUCUUGCUCUGCUGUUUGUGUCCUCAGAGGUGCUGAAGCGUCUGGAUGACAGCAGUGACGAGGUGAGGGGCGUGGCCCUCAGGGCUCUGGGCCUAUGGCUUGCCUCCCUGGGGAAGGACUACAACUCCCAGCUCUACAGUCAACACCUGGAGGUCCUUUUCCAGCAGCUGUUGCUGCACCUGGACGACCCAAACAGCCGCGUGCAGGACACUGUGCUGGGUGAGACUCACAAUCACACAUUGGUCCAAUCCUAAAUCAACCCAUCAUCAAUGAUGAUGAUGCAUGACAACCCCCUAGACAAAAGAGGGUCAUGACAACCCCCUAGACCAGGAAGAGGGGUCAUGACAACCCCCUAGACCAGAAGAGGGUCAUGACAACCCCCUAGACCAGGAAGAGGGGUCAUGACAACCCCCUAGACCAGGAAGAGGGGUCAUGACAACCCCCUAGACCAGGAAGAGGGGUCAUGACAACCCCCUAGACCAGGAAGAGGGGUCAUGACAACCCCCUAGACCAGAAAGAGGCUCAUGACAACCCCCUAGACCAGGAAGAGGGGUCAUGACAACCCCCUAGACCAGGAAGAGGGGUCAUGACAACCCCCUAGACCAGGAAGAGGGUCAUGACAACCCCCUAGACCAGGAGAGGGUCAUGACAACCCCCUAGACCAGGAAGAGGGGUCAUGACAAACCCCCUAGACCAGGAAGAGGGGUCAUGAAACCCCUAGACCAGGAAGAGGGGUCAUGAUAAAACUAGUAAUGAUGGAGGGCAUGAAUAGAGAUGAAGGGUGACUUGAAGUUGAUCAGGUGGGUAGCAGUACUGUCCAUGUUUCACAGGCUCUGUCCUGUCUCAGUCAGUCAGAGUUUAAAGAGUUGAUCCCUACGUCUAACAGCCCCAUACACACAGCCACAUUGCUAGGAUACCAGAUCCCCCUUUUCCGUCGUAUCAAAGGCUAUCUAUCCACCUUUUCCACUCCAUUCAUCUUUCACGCCGACCCAUGCGAAGCUCCCCUGCUCCACACACACCACCACUCCCCUCGUCCAUCACGGGGCCGGGAGUGGAUCCAGAGACAGAGGGGUGUGUGUGAUUGACGCUCCGUCAUCACCCCUGCAAAGCUACACACACACACACACACACUAUAUAAGCGAAGGUCAGUUCAUAAACAUGAUUUACAUCCCAACCACUGAACAUCCUGUGGUCAAGGUUACCGAUAUUAUACCCAAACACACAGACAAAACACAAAGGAUAUUAUCUCUGGUAAAGGUUUCAAACUCUGCUGAGUGGAAUCCACCGUAUGAUAGCUGUUGCUGCAUCAGCUCAGUCCGAGGGUGUGUCCCAAACGGCACCCUAUUCCCUACAUAGUGAACUACUGGGCCCUGGUCAAAAGUAGUGCACUAUAAAGGGAAAAAGGGUGCCAUUUCCCCCCUGGACCCUGGUCAAAAGUAGUGCACUAUAAAGGGAAAAAGGGUGCCAUUUCCUCCCCUGGACCCUGGUCAAAAGUAGUGCACUAUAAAGGGAAAAAGGGUGCCAUUUCCCCCCUGGACCCUGGUCAAAAGUAGUGCACUAUAAAGGGAAAAAGGGUGCCAUUUCCCCCCUGGACCCUGGUCAAAAGUAGUGCACUAUAAAGGGAAAAAGGGUGUCAUUUCCCCCCUGGGCCCUAGUCAAAAGUAGUGCACUAUAAAGGGAAAAAGGGUGUCAUUUCCCCCCUGGGCCCUAGUCAAAAGUAGUGCACUAUAAAGGGAAAAAGGGUGUCAUUUCCCCCCUGGGCCCUAGUCAAAAGUAGUGCACUAUAAAGGGAAAAGGGUGCCCUUUGGGGGAUGCAGACCAUUGAUGUUUUUUUCUUCUAUCCAUAUGACGAUGGGAGAAUAUGGUUGAAGCAUCAGCGUUCACCAGCCGUUUGUCACAGAUAAUCAAGGAGGAACCUCCAUGAGAAGCAGAGUGAAACUCCAGCGGUGCUCUCAGCUAAGGCCCCAGCUCCACACUACAGGAAACACACUCAGACUUUCUGCCAAUAAAUAACACACACGUCUGCACAUUGCUUGCACGCACACACACACACACACACACACACAAAGACAGAUACUCAUGCACACAUGUACACAUACACAAAUAGCCAUGAAACCGCAGAACCAUCAAACCCUGUCGGAAAACACUGGGCAUGAGAGGAGGAAGAGACCGGGAGGAAAGGGGUGAAAGAGGGAUGAGAAGAGAUAAAAGAGAGGGGAUAACAUGGGAUGGGUGUGUGGAGAGAUGAGGGAGAGGAGUCUCCAUGUGGUUGUGAUUAGGGGGUUGUUAUCCUGAGAAGCGGGGGUGCAGGAGGCUCACGUUAGCCCCGCUAAGAGCUGCCUAUCGUGGGUGUGAUGGUACAGGGAGUGGGUGUAGAGGGUUGGGGUUAAUAGCAGGUUUUGGGGUCAAUUCCAUUUCAAUUCAGUCAGUUCAAGGGGUGACCUUAAAUUCAAAUUCCAGUGUCCCUCAGAAAACGCUUCCUGAAUUGACCCCAACCCUGGCCGAUUGAUACAGCCGGUAGGAAGGGCGGAUAGCGGUGUGUCUGUGUGUGAUAUGCGUGCACACGUGCGCUGCUCUGCUGUAAACGUGUGUGUGAGAGGAUAUAGGAGUAUUCCUCUGUGGAAUACGAUGAGCUCACCCAGUGCUGACUGAUAGCUGUGUCGUACCCCCGUACCCAUAACCACCAUCCUCCCCACAAAUCUGGAGCCCCUUCUUUGUCUCAUGCAUGUCUGUGUUUGAAGCUUUUUUCCUCCUCCCUUCCUUCUCUCUCUUUCUUCCUUUCUUUCCCUCUUCUUUUAUUAUUCAUCCCCUUCUUAUAUGGUUCUUGAAUUUCAAAGUCACAUCUCCCAAGAGCUUGAUGUCUGCUGCUCCUCUGACAGUAUGAUGGACAGUACCGCCCCUCCUCCCUCUCUCCCCCUCUCUCAUCCCUCUUCCCAUAAUUCCUUCCUCCCAUAAUUCCACAGCCCUGGGAGCGCGGCUGCUGCUACCUGCUCCACACACACACAUGCCCCGCGGUUGGCACACACAUCAAGGGGAAUCACCGGAUCCCCUCUCAUCAUCACAAGUCAUCAUUGUUCUCCUUUGUUCAAAAGAGCUCAGGGAAAGAAAAACCCCCACUGUAUUUAUACACACAAAUCGCAAAGAAAUCCCCCUUGGUCACCACUUGAGGAACAAAGUGAACAAAGUGCAUUCCGACAGGUAUCGAAUGAUGACUUGACGUGAACUAACUCAUCCCAACUGACAGGGGUAUCAACACUGUACAGCUUCAGUUACGCCAUGUGGUUUCCUCAACAUUUACUGUUGGCACUACUUCAAGUAAUUCCAUAGCAUCUUUAAUACCAUUAAAUUCCAGUGGUAUCUGUCCUGUUGGAGUAGAUAUAACUGUGGUGCAACACCGCCAUCUGGUGGUAAAAGUGAAGUGCUUAUUUUGUAGAACAAUUCACUGUAAUCCAUCAUGGCCUGCAAACAACAAAUGUGUUGAAAUGCUUUUUACCAUUGCUGGAGUUAAUAAUAUGCUGCUAGUGUUGAUAUAUGAUGGGUUUUUACAGUACAGGAGUAUUUUGAUGUGACCUAAACUUGUAAUAUAUGAAAUGUUACCUUUACAAGCAUGGCGCUUGUAACGCCGGGGUAGUGGGUUCGAUCCCCGGGACCACCCAUACGUAAAAAUGUAUUCACACAUGACUGUAAGUCGCUUUGGAUAAAAGCGUCUGCUAAAUGGCAUAUUAUUAUAUUAUUAUUAUUUAUCUCUGUGAAAGCUGUAAAAGUAGACCUAAAGUAAAGCAGUUCUAGUCAUAGUCCAAGGUGUGGCUGAGUAUUAUCACUACUGUCGGAUGAAGAGGCAGCAGUCAGAGGAGAGGCGAGGCGAGGCGAGGGAGAAGAAUAAAAGGGUCACAGAAGGAAUUUUGUUGUACCCAUCUGUGAGAGGCCCUUAUCAUUGUAACUAAAAGAGACUUCCAGACACCCACACAUUCUAUAUGUUCAGGUGAGUAGAGAGAGAUUAUUAUUGCUUUAUGACUAUUGUUAGUCUGUUAUCUUCCUAUCUUAUUUCGCCAUCGUUAUAUCUUUACUUUGACAGUGUAGCUAAGUUUAUUGAAUUGAGAGAAGGUGUGAAUUAUUUAGAUCAGUCCCAUUACUUCCUAUUUUUCUCACCUGUAUUUCUUUUAGCUAAGACAAUCAUACCUGAACACUAGGAAACAAUGAGUUCUGCUGUUAAUAAGUAUCAAUAGCUCUACAUUUGUAUGAAUCUACUGUAGUGACAACUUUUACAGUAAGGGCUAAAUCCAAACUUAAGAUUUGUUUGGAAACAAUUGUUACACACAUAUUUCAAGUUUAGAUUCAGCAGUAAACAAAGCUAUCAAGAGCUGACUCAUUCCAGGAAGUCCUAAUAUGCUUUUUGGGUUAUUAUGUUCCAGAAAUGGCGUCCUCCAGUCUCCUGUCUGAUCAGAUCCAGUGCUCUAUCUGUCUGACUGUGUGAGCCCGUCACCACUCCAUGCGGACACAACUUCUGCAUGGCCUGUAUCAGUGGACACUGGAAUACCACUGAACAUUGCCAGUGUCCAAUGUGUAAAGAGACAUUCUAAAGGAGACUGCUCUUAAUCAACAAAACACUCAGAGAUGUUGCUGAUCAUUUUAAGAGUGCGAGACAGAGAUGAGUCCCAUGCCGAGCCUGGAGAAGUGUCCUGUGAUGCCUGCACUGGGACGAAGCUCAAGGCCCUGAAGUCCUGCCUGGAGUGUCUAACGUCUUUCUUUGAGACUCACCUGGAGCCUCAUCAGAGAGUUGCAGGCCUGAAGACGCACAUGCUGUCUUCCAGAACCUAGAAGACAGGAUGUGUACGAUGCACAAGAGACCCCUGGAUCUGUUCUGUAGGACUGACCAGGCGUAUGAGUGUCAGUUCUGCACUAAAGCAGACCACAAGACUCAACCCCGUCCCUCUGGAGGAAGAGUGUGGAGAGAGGAAGGUUCAACUGGUGAAGAUGGAGACAGAAGUGCAGCAGAUGAUCCAGGAGCGACUGUAGAAGAUUCAGGAGAUCAAACACUGUAGAGCUCAGUAAGAGAGAUGGAAAGAAAGAGAGAGAACCUGCAACCUGUCUACUAUCACAUCAGUCGUUUAUUCCAUUGAGAAAAGACAGGCUGAGCUCAUUGCAGUGGUUGAAGAGAAGCAGAAAGCAACUGAGAGACGGGUUGAAAGGCUCAUUAAAGAGCUAGAGCAGGAAAUCACUGAGCUAAAGAGGAGAGGCACUGAGCUGGAGCAGCUCUCACACCCUGAGGACCACCUACUCCAGAGAUUCCCAACCCUCUGCACCCUUCCACACACCAGGGACUGGUCUGAGAUCAGUGUUCACAGUGAGCUGUGUGUGGGGAUCAUGAUGCAAGCUCUUUUUAAGAUACCAGAGAAUUCAAGAAAACAUUUCUGAACUUGAGAAUUUCAAAAUAGAUAUUAAUGAAUUGAAGUUUAUGUUGAAGAGGAUUCAGCGGUGGUCAGUGGAUGUGACUUUGGAUCCUGAUACUGCAUGGCAAUACCUUAUCCUGUCUGAGGACGGGGGGAAAAGUGAAACAUGGAGACAAAAUAAUGUCCCGGACAACCCCAAAAGGUUUUACAAACCCUGGGUCUGUGUUGGGACACCAGGGCUUCUCAGGGAAAUUCUACUAUGAGGUGCAGGUGAAAGGUAAGACUAACUGGUGGAUAGGAGUGGCCAGAGAGUCCAUCAACCGGAAAAUAUAUGUUGUUACUGAACUGGAUAAUGGAUAUUGGGCUUUGGGACUGCAUGACAUUGGGUACCAGGUCUAUACAUCGCCUUCGAUCUGCCUCCACCUGAGAGAGAAGCCCAAGAAGGUGGGGGGGUUUGUUGAUUAUGAGGAGGGCCAGGUCUCAUUUUGCGAUGUGGAGACCAGAUCUUAUCUUCUGUUUCACUGGAUGUGACUUCACUGAAAAAACUCUGCAUUCUUCAACCCCGGUGCUAAUAUUGAUUGUGAUAACUGUGCUUCCAUUGGUCAUCUCCCCUGUCAAUCACUCAGACAAGUACAAAAAUGUUGCCAAAAGUUACUAUUAAAAUAUAUGGAUCGUUGCAAAUAUUCUCUGGUGGUUGCUUCACUGUCAGUCCUCAAAAAUGUAAUUGCAUUGAAUGUAAUUGUUUUCAUUUCCAAUGAAUGAUUGCAGCUAGUGACUAAUCCACAAUCCACCCCAAUAUCUUGACUUUGUUAUUGUGUUGAAUCCCUUUGUCUGGAGUUCCUCUAGGUUGUGUGUGUGUGUGUGUGUGUGAUAGUCUACUGUCACUUACCUGUGUGUGAGUCCAUUUCAACAUGACAACUGCCUGACUCCUGACUGUCUCAUGUCUGUCUGUGUGUCCAGAGGUCCUGAAGACCUGCAGUGGCGUCCACCCAGCCCUCCUUAAGCAGGAAGUGGAAGCCGUGAGGGACAAACAGCGCAGCCCUGUCUACUGUGACCAACUACUCCAGCACAUCCACUCUCUGCGCAAUGAUUCAGCGUAG